CUCUAGAUAUAUCUCUCCCCCUCGUGGCUCUAGGACCCGGGAGAAUAACUAGAUGGACAGUUUGUUUUGAGUGAUUAAAAGAACUGACUGGUAUCCUCAGGCUGGCAACUAAGGGGACCGUGCAGUCACCUGGCUGUGAAGAAAAAACGCAAGUGGAUUGUUACCGCCAAAGAAAGAAAAAAUCACCCUCACGCUUCACUCGAGGAAGAUCCCCCCUUCCUUCUCCUGCACUCCAUCCCUCCCUCCUCAGACUCCCUCUCCCAGACACAGAGACCGUAUUCAGAGCACCGGUAUUCGCCUGGAGACGCGCGUUUGGAUACGGGGGCAUUGUGGAGAUCACCAAGUAGGGCGAAGUGCGCUACGUCCCUGGCAUCUCAAUCAAUCAAUCAAUCAACCGGAUAACGGCAUCGGCCCGACAACCUCCUUCUCGUCUGCCUGCGAACAGAAUUGCUUCAAAAUUGCCGCAAAAGGUUUGUUUUCAAGGAACUGAUCCACCAGCGUUGCUGCAAAUGUGUCAGUGGCGCGCUCAACGCUCUCGAUGACAACAUGGUCUCUUACUGAUGGAAACACUUUUUAAUUUGGAGAAGAAAACGGACAGCGACUAGCAAGUCUGUUUAUCUCGCGUUACUGCUGUUGGGACACUCUAAGUGAAUAGUUGCAGACAUAUAGGCUAUAACAGUUGAGAUUGUCGCUGUGUGUUAUACCGGGAGUCGUGAUCAGCGGGCAUGAGACUGAGGAAAUCCGCCGCGGUUCGGAGAACUGGGCUAGCUCGCGCUCGGGAACUACGCGGUUAGAUAUUCAACUUUUGUUACAGACUUUAUCUUUCCAUAUGGACCGAUCAGCAUCGCUGGACAUUGAGGCGCUGAAGAUGACCCAGGAGCAGUACAUCCUGGCAUCCCAGCCGAACCCCCUCCAGAGGCCGGGCUGUGCUACGGUGUACCCUGUAGGGAUUUACGGUUGGCGGAAGCGUUGUCUCUAUUUCUUCAUCCUCCUCCUCCUCGUCACCAUGAUCGUCAACCUAGCCUUGACCAUCUGGAUCCUUAAAGUCAUGAACUUUACGGUGGACGGCAUGGGAAAUCUCCGUGUAACCAAAGAAGGCAUCAGAUUAGAGGGAGUGUCAGAGUUCCUUCUACCACUUUAUGUGAAAGAGAUUAAAUCCAGACGGGACAGUCCCCUGGUUUUACAGUCAGACCGCAACGUGACGGUGAACGCACGAAAUAACCUUGGCCAGCUGACAGGACAGCUCACUGUGGGCUCAGAGAUGGUGGAGGCGCAGUGUCAGAGGUUCGAGGUGAGAAGUAGCGAUGGAGAGCGAGUUCUCUUCUCUGCUGAUGAAGAGGAGAUCAGUAUUGGCACAGAUAAAUUGAGGGUCACAGGCAACGAGGGAGUUGUGUUUAGUCAUUCGGUGGAAACGCCGCACAUUCGAGCUGAGCCAUUCCAAGACCUAAAACUUGAGUCCCCAACUCGGACGCUGACGUUGGAGGCCCCUAAAGGUGUAGAAGUCAAUGCAGGAGUGGGGGAAUUCAAAGCUUCCUGUAGGAAGGAUCUCACUUUGGAGUCUUCAGAAGGAGAGAUCUUUUUAAACGCAAAUUCAAUCCGUCUCGGGAAUCUUCCACACGGGAGUGUGGACCCUUUGCUUGGUCCAGGGACCACCUACCCAAAACAGACUGUGUACGAGGUGUGUGUAUGUCCCAGCGGCAAACUCUAUCUGUCUCCUGCAGAAAGCUCCUCCACCUGCCAGACCACGAACAGUGUGUGUCUCUGGAGCUGAGAAAGGUGGGUGGGCAGUGGACCACCCAGCACCAGAAAGGCCUUCCUUCUCCUCUUCUUUCUUGCCUCUUAUUACCUGUCUAAUCGUUUGUUAUAAUUUUAUUACAUCUGUUCAUCCAUCUUCAGUAUCUGUCUGUCUAUCUGUGUAUCUAUCUUAAAUGUCUCCCAUAUUGCCUCAUGGCUGUAUGUCUUCUGUCAUCUAGGCAUCUCCAUCUUUUUCCACUAUCUAUCUAUCUAUAUAUCUAUCUAUCUAUCUAUCUAUCUAUCUAUCUAUCUAUCAUCUCUCAUUUCUUUCAGUCAGUUUCUUCUUUCUUUAUGUUUGUCUUUCUCUCCUUUCUCCCUCUCUUUCUUCUGUCCUCCAAAACAGAAAUCAGGAAUCAUUAGACGAAUCGUGGCUCGGUUGAAGCCGCUCUUCCCAAUCUGUAAAUGGAGCAAAAACUCUCUUCGUUUCGGUUUUGUUCCUCCUAUUUUUGUACGAACGUCUGACUCGGUGGAGGAUUGCGAAUGUGUGCCGGGACGCUGGACUGCAACUGUAAAUGAGCACACACACUGCGACCUGCAAACAAGUGUGCGUUUUUCUAAAGAAGAUACAAAGGUGCCUUUGCUACUGUUAGUAAAGCACAUGAGCCGCUACGGUCCCUCCACGUACAGUUACACCGACCUCUGCUACAGGACAACCGACCGAAUGAACCCUGUCCUGUAUUUUAUUCCAUGGGUCAAAAAGAUACUACGAUGAACUUUCCUCUUGGAUGUUUCUUUUUGGAAAAAGCACAAGAUUAUGCCAUGUAUAUAACAACAUUAAUAAUUGAAAAUAAAAAGAGAAAGUUUAUUUUAAGAAUUUUGUAUCGAAGAAUGCUUGGUAAUGUUUAUUUUAUUGUUUAGUUCUCAUGGACAUGUUUACAUGUACUAUGGUGAGUUGACUAAUGUUCAUUAUUAUUAUUUUUCUAUAUAUACAAUUACCUGUUUUCAGACAAAUCAAAAUGUUUUGUGUUUAGGUCCUGACUAAAAUCGAUCCUGCCAAAAGAGGUGCGGUAUUAUUUUGCAAACUGUGUGGUGUUUUUUUUUUACAUUUACUGUCUCGAUUAUUCCCUUCACGUAAAGUGUAAAAUUAACAUUCAUUGUUACAUUAUUUACUGUUUUCAAUGUUUAGGGCUAUGGACCGUUGCACUUGGGUAAAUUAAAAUAUGAUUUAGAUGGUCAUUCCUGCAAAAACGAUCUCACGGUGAAUGAAACGUAAACUGCCAAUUUGAAAUAACCAUUCAACGUUCUGUAAGGAAAAUUAUACAGAGCAUUAUACAGUUAUGGGAAACAGUUUGAAAUUAUAUCAAUUUAUGCAAGGAUAGCUCCCAAAAGGUAAUUUCGGUAUGACGAAUAAGUAAAUAAUGAUUAAGGACAGUUCUAUUUCACAAACAACAUGCACACAUUUAGAAGCCAUUCAUGUAAAAAUCUAAUUACCAAAACGUCAUUAACCUUAUUGUACACCGGUAUCAACAGUUAUCCUAUAACACAUCUGUUUACGUUAUGAACAACCUUAUUAUGAAAUGUUUGACUGCAGCAUUUUGGGAGGAUUAAUCAUAGAAAGUAACUUGAUCAAGUUUGUAAUAACUAAAUUAUACUGUACAUCUAAGAUGUUUUCAAGCGCAAUGCCAUGCUUCUUUGUUUUUUAGGUGACCAGCUACCUUCUGCCAUCUACAGUAUCACUGUUAUACCCAAAAUACCCAAACCACACACACCACUGCUCAAAACUUUAGGGUCACUUGACUGAAAUGUUCCUCAUGAUCUAGAAAUCAAUCAGAUGUACCCUUAAAUGUGUAAAAAAAAAAAUGUAUGUAUUACGUUGGUUCAACUUAAAAAAGUAAGUUAGGGGAGAGUAGGGGCGAAAGUACAAUUUUUCAGAAAAACUUAAUUUUAGAAGAUAAUGUUUUAGACAGAGAUAUAUUUUUGCUGUGAUCAAUAACUCAGAAGUGUGGUGGUCUAUCAAUUCCAGGUGGAAUUUUGAACAAAUGUAAAAUGACUUUAGUAUAAUUUCACUUUGGACCCUGACAGCUGGGACGAAAGUAACACACAGGUGAAUCAAAAGAAACACAACAGAACAAGAUAGAAUAUUAUGUGUUUUUUAUUAAAUAUACAUGACUAUGACCUUUUUAAUAUAUAACUGCAAACAUAUUUUGUUGUUUAUCUUUGCAAUAAAUAAUAAAAAAUUACAUUUUAUUUUAAAUGUCAGUUUCAUCAAAUGUUUC